UUGGAUUGGCUUUUCUGGACAACGCAGUAAUCGUCAAAUAGGCAAAUAGGCAUCGUCGUGUACAAAGCAAUUACGAAUUAAUUCCCCCCACAAAAAAGGAGAAAAAUCUAUCAAAACAUUAGAAGGAUAAAAAUCGAAUUCCGCUGUAGUUUAAACUAUUUUUAGCUGUCACGAGAAAGUGCACAUUCGUAAUGUUUUGUUUUUCGUCAGAGCCCAAUCAAAUCGAUGGCUAUCCCAAUGGAAGACGGACAUUCUCCACAGCCAGGUUCAGGGUACACUUUAUCCGAAGCGGGUAAACCUAUUACACAAGCAACUUCUGAUGCAACAGGUGCCAAUGCAGAUGGACUCACUACACAGCUGUUAAAUGCAGGUACCAUCAUGGAAUACCGUGCACUGAAAUACAAGAUGAUGUGUAAGGUCUGCCUUCGUCCGGAUUGCAUUGCCCGCGUGGUCUUUGCCCCUUGCGGACACAUGGUCAUGUGCAAGCAGUGCGCCAGCACACACCUGAUGGCGUCGUCGGUCUGUCCACAGUCUGGGUGCGGUCAACAUAUACACUAUUACAUCAUUGCCACGUACCAUGAUGGUCGCAUGCGUUUCAGUAACUAGGCCACAAGGUAACAACCACUUAACAUUUAAUACUUGGACUGGGCAGUUCUGCUCUUGGUGCUUCUCACCGGCGUGACAGUAAAUAAAAUUCGGGGGUCCCAGAUAUGACCUGGAAUUUGAAAUGGUACCACGCCAUUAUGUGUCAAACGAGUAUGCCAAAAUCUUAAGGUUUUUGAAUACGCCACAGCAAAAUAAGAUUCAGGAGAUGUUGAAGCAAAGAAGGCUGAGCUUAUGGUGACUUUCCUGCUUACGUGAUUUUGCAUGCUGUCACGCAUUUGAUAUUGUAAUUUAGCUUUUCGUCUGUCGUGGUCUGAGUUUAUACAUAAAUGUGCAUUGUUUUACCGUGCACAUUUUUCUCGUACAAAUCCAGAAACACACUGCCAAUUGGAGUUCUUUUCUGUUAUGCUAACUGUUUCGUUAACAUUUUUUAUUCAUACGUCAAUAAGUGUGUAAAGACACAAAGUUUCUUUCUCUAAGUUGAAACCUACAUGAUAUGGCGAGCAUGUACUGUUUCGGGGAAGGCACCCAUGCGUUUCUACAGAAGCAAAAAGCUGAAUAUGACCUUGCAAAGGCCAUGCUGUUUAUUGAAGAGAACCAAGACUUCUCUCAGCUCCAUUAGACUUGAAAACCUGUCACUAUACAAGUUUUGCUUAUAUUUUUCAGUCACGUAGCACUCAUCAUGUUACAUUUCUCUAUACACAAACUUUUGAUGUGUAUUUCUAAACUUGAUUUUCGCCGUGUAUUGUAAUUUAAAUUUACAUGCAAACUGUAUCUCAAAUAUACAUUUUGCUUGGCUUCAGUUUAAUUUUCAGGAUUGUUGCCAUAUUGUACAUAUACAGGUACACUACUACAAGUAAAUAUACUGCCUACCACAUCGGUAAUGUACACAGUCUGUGUCGCUGGUAGUGGAGAGUUGGUCGAUGUCACACGCAAGACCCCAAAAAUUACCUUCGGAGCACAUACAUGUACAUGUAUUGAUAGUUUUAGUGGAAGUUAAUCAUUUCGUUGGUCCAGAAGAUCUGAAAGCACUGAAUUUCUUUUGUUUCAAAAGCGGUUUAAUUAAUUCAUGUAAAGGUGAAAGGCUGUUUUUUUUAUCUAAUUUACCAUAUAAUUAUAUUGCACGAAUUUUCAAAUAAUUUAUUAGGGAUAAUUUGCUCUUCAUUUUCGUAGAAACUUUUCCGCAUAUUAGUUGUAGAAGAUGUUGUGUCAGAUGGAAGAAACAUACACGCACAUUAUGGCUAGUACCAAGUCGCUUGCCACAAGAAAAUCUUGCCCUUUUCCUGUUUCGAAAAACAAAACGGGAAACAGCUGACUUGGGCGUAGAACCCUUUGUUUCGACAGGUGUCUUCUUGAGGGCGCGCUCCAUAAUUCACACUCGGUGUAACCUCUUAUAUUACACAAGAAACGCAGGUGUAACACACUGAUGACAAACUUGGCCCGCGGAAAAAGCUC